AUGGGCAUCGACAUUGAGUCCGGAGGCCGAAAAAAGAUCAAGAAGCGAGAGGUUCAGUCUCAGAAUCCGUACCUCGUCCUUCUGUGCAAGCUCUAUAAGUUCUUGGCUCGGCGUACGGACUCCAAGUUCAACAAGGUCAUCUGCAAGCGCCUGAACAUGUCCGGAAGGAAUCGUCCCCCACUGUCGCUGUCCAAGCUCAUCAAGUACAUGACCAACAAGGAUGGCAAGAUCGCCGUCGUGGUAGGCAAGGUCACUGACGACAAGCGGGUCUACGAUGUUCCUGAGCUGAAGGUGUGCGCUCUGGGAUUCACCGAGACGGCCCGUGCAAGGAUUCUCAAGGCCGGUGGCGAGUGCUUGACAUUCGACACCCUUGCCAUGCGCAGUCCCCUGGGCAAGGGCACCGUGCUUCUCCGUGGCCCCGUGAAGGGUCGCGAGGCCGAGCGCCACUUCGGCAAGGCGCCGGGAGUCCCGAACUCGAAGACCGCCCCCUACGUGCGCUCCAAGGGCCGCAAGUUCGAGAAGUCGCGCGGUCGCCGCAGAUCCCGUGGCUUCAAGGUGUAA